UUCUGUCUCCAUGCUUCCUGCAGAGGGAGGCUUCUGUCCAUACUCACACAUGCGCACACACAGUUCACACAUAUCUACUGAGGAAAGUUGAAGUUUGGAUUCCUGCUCUGAUUUAAACAAGACAGCAGAGGUAAAACAUGUCCUCCUGUGCGGUGAAGUCCAAAAGUAGGAACCCGUACGCAGCGGUGCAGAUCGACCCAGACAGUGAUUAUAUCACACCAGGAACAUUAGACCUGGAGCAGAUGUUCUGGAGCGGCGCUGCAGUUCAGUACACACAUGUCAAUGAGGUCUGGCCCAGCGUCUACAUCGGGGAUGAGAAGACAGCUCUGGAGCGGCCGGGCCUGAAGGAUCUGGGUAUCACACAUGUUCUGAAUGCAGCAGAAGGAAAGUUUAACAAUGUGCUGACUGGUGCUGAUUACUACAGGGACACAGACAUCCAGUACUUUGGUGUAGAAGCUGAUGACAAACCCACUUUUAACAUCUCCCAGUACUUCUGCUCCUCAGCACAGUUCAUCCAUGAGGCCCUCAGCCACCCACAGAAUAAGGUGCUGGUGCACUGUGUGAUGGGUCGGAGCAGGUCAGCGACUCUGGUCUUGGCUUAUCUGAUGAUGAAACACAGUUUAACUGUGGUGGACGCUAUUGAGCAUGUGCGACAGCGCCGUUGUAUUCUGCCUAAUCACGGCUUCCUGAAACAGCUCAGAGCCUUGGACAUUUCACUGCAAGAGGAAAGACUGAGACUAAAAAGAGAGAUGCAAGACAAUAGCACACAACAGAUAACAUGCCUCUAAUUUAAAGCAGAUUAAAGUAUGCCGUUUUGUUUUUCA